AUGACUGGGGAAGAGGAAGCUGAAAAAAUAACUUGUAUUGUCUGCGAUCUCUCAUUACUUUUGAUCCUUUUCUACCAACUUGUAGCGUAUGUGCGUCGUUACAAAGAAGACCGUCUUUUGCUAAAAUCUUUUAUUUGGUCGAAUUUUGCUCUGGAAUUUGCAUCAACAAUUUUUUUAAUACUCGCACUCUUUCGGGAUAAAGAAUGGACACUCGCCUUAAUGAUAACCAGCGGCCUAAUAACAUUACUGGCACAAGUUUUUCUUGGAUUCCAAGCAUAUCUUGCAUGCAAUAAUCAACGACUGCUAUUUUUAGUCGGAGUUUUUACGGUUGCGUGCUUGACUUUUAUGAGUGGAAUUGCGUGUGUCAUUGUUUCGGCAAACUCUACAGACGACUACAUCCCAACUUUGGUUUAUUUGUCAUUGUCUGCAGGAUUGGACUUUUUACUAGCUUCUGUGUUCGCUUAUGGAUUUUUUCAAGGCAAAGAAACAUUUGACCCACAAGCGUAUCGAGUAAUGCGCAUCCUCAUUGUCACCAUGAAUAUAUUAACUUUGAUGUCCGUUUUGGAAUUAAUUUUAUACGCCGUCUUCCACAAGAAUCUCAUAGCACAUGUCAUUUCAACAAAAGGCUAUUUUCUACUGAUUCUUUGGCCAAUUAAUCAUCGAGUUUCUUCCACGAUCAAUGAUAAACAAAAUUUAUGUGACGACUACAAACAGGGCAAGCAAAAAUCCUCUUCUAACAGCAAUUACAAAAACAAAAACCUCAGUAAAAAUUCAAUAGAAGUCGAACCAAAUAGAAUAAGUGAAAGCAGCGGGUAUGUGUAUGAACCCUCGCGACAAAAUCAAACGAUUAGUGCGCCGGCUUCUGUCUAUCAUUCAAGAUCGAAAUCAAGCGCGACGAGCACAAUGACAAUGACAUCGUCGCAUCGUCUUAGUCAAGUCAAUUUGGAAGCUUCCCAUGCUGGAUAUUGGGCAUCCUUGGAUGAUGAUUAG